GAACCCCUCUGCCUUCAUCAGGUACACGCCUGUCGGACGAUCCUUCUUCUCCUCCCCAGAGAGCUGCGACCACCCGCUCGGUGGAGGAAGAGAGGUUUGGUUUGGCUUCCAUCAGUCAGUGCGGCCCGCCAUGUGGAAAAUGAUGCUCAACAUUGAUGUGUCAGCCACAGCUUUUUAUAAAGCCCAGCCAGUCAUCCAGUUCAUGUGCGAGGUCCUGGACAUUCACAGCAUUGACGAGCAGCCCCGCCCUCUCGCUGACUCCCACAGGGUCAAGUUCACCAAAGAGAUCAAAGGGCUUAAAGUGGAAGUGACACACUGUGGAACCAUGCGUAGGAAGUACAGAGUCUGCAACGUGACACGACGCCCUGCCAGCCUCCAGACAUUUCCGCUGCAGCUCGAGAACGGUCAGACCGUCGAACGCACGGUGGCGCAGUACUUCAGAGAGAAGUACAACCUGCAGCUGAAGUACCCCCACCUGCCUUGUCUGCAGGUGGGCCAGGAACAGAAACACACCUACCUGCCUCUGGAGGUGUGCAACAUUGUAGCCGGACAGCGCUGCAUUAAAAAACUGACAGAUAACCAGACGUCGACCAUGAUCAAAGCAACCGCUCGCUCUGCACCAGACAGACAGGAGGAGAUCAGCAGGCUGGAGUUUCAGUUCCGCGUUGCGAGAAUGAGGAUGGGCUCGCCAGGUGACGGGCGGCGUCGCCGGCGGCCCCCAUGGCUCGCAUAUGGCGGCAGGCCCCAGCAGAUCAACCCUGCACUGUCGUUGCAGAACCGCACUGUGGCCACGCCGAGCCACGGGGUGUGGGACAUGAGGGGGAAGCAGUUUCACACCGGAGUGGAGAUCAAGAUGUGGGCCAUCGCCUGCUUCGCCACCCAGAGGCAGUGCAGAGAGGAGAUCCUCAAGAGCUUCACUGACCAGCUGCGUAAAAUCUCAAAGGAUGCUGGGAUGCCAAUCCAAGGCCAGCCUUGUUUCUGUAAAUACGCCCAGGGAGCUGACAGCGUGGAGCCGAUGUUCAGACACCUGAAGAACACCUACGGCGGGCUGCAGCUCAUCAUCGUCAUCCUGCCUGGGAAAACACCCGUCUACGCUGAGGUGAAGCGGGUGGGCGACACCCUCCUUGGCAUGGCCACUCAGUGCGUGCAGGUGAAGAACGUGGUGAAGACGUCCCCUCAGACCCUCUCCAACCUCUGCCUCAAGAUCAACGUCAAACUGGGAGGAAUCAACAACAUCCUGGUUCCACACCAACGACCUUCAGUGUUCCAGCAGCCUGUCAUCUUCCUCGGGGCUGACGUCACUCAUCCUCCAGCAGGAGACGGGAAGAAGCCAUCUAUUGCAGCGGUGGUGGGCAGCAUGGAUGCCCACCCCAGCAGGUACUGUGCUACAGUGCGGGUCCAGAGGCCCAGACAGGAGGUCAUCCAGGACUUGGCCUCCAUGGUGCGAGAGCUCUUGAUCCAGUUCUACAAAUCGACCCGCUACAAGCCGACCAGGAUCAUCUUCUACAGAGACGGAGUGUCAGAGGGACAGUUCAGACAGGUGCUGUAUUACGAGCUGCUGGCUAUCAGGGAGGCCUGCAUCAGUCUAGAGAAGGAUUACCAGCCGGGGAUUACUUACAUCGUCGUACAGAAACGCCAUCACACACGCCUCUUCUGUGCAGAUCGCAACGAGCGGGUUGGACGAAGUGGGAACAUUCCUGCCGGCACCACAGUGGACACAGACAUCACCCACCCGUACGAGUUCGACUUUUACCUCUGCAGUCACGCUGGAAUCCAGGGUACGAGCCGGCCUUCCCACUACCACGUUCUGUGGGACGACAACUGUUUCACCGGCGACGAGUUCCAGCUCCUCACCUACCAGCUGUGCCACACCUAUGUCCGCUGCACGCGCUCCGUCUCCAUCCCCGCACCGGCUUACUACGCCCACCUGGUGGCCUUCCGCGCCCGCUACCACCUGGUGGACAAAGAGCACGACAGUGCGGAGGGCAGCCACGUCUCAGGGCAGAGUAACGGCAGGGACCCCCAGGCGCUGGCCAAGGCAGUUCAGAUCCACCACGACACACUGAGGACCAUGUAUUUCGCCUGAACGCCCCCAACCCUCCACUUCCCUCCAUCUUUCCCAGCCGCUCAGCCAGUCUGCGCCCCCAACACCACCAACACCAACAACACCCGGGGCUGGUGAAGCAUCGGUCAGUGGGAACUCGCUGCGACGACGGCUGCGACUGCGAGGCUGCGUAAAGGUGUAAUAAUAAGCCAGAGAGGAGUUACAGCCACAUUAUGCAAUUUGAAACCAGCCAAUAGUUUCUGUGCUCCCGCUCGUGCAUCUCUCUCUCCCCUACAUCUCCUCUGCUGUAUUUAAAUCACAGUGGACUCUGCCGCGUUUUAAAGCUCGCAAGUCACGUCCUCCUCGCCUACACGUUUCUGACAGCAGCUCAAAGUUUUAUUUCGCUGUUUUUUUGUUUUUGUUUUUGUUUCUCGUGUGUUUUGAAGAAUGGCGGAGCAGCAGGGAAAACAAAGACUGAUGAUUUAUUUGGUGCAUGGUUGGGCAUGAAGCAGAACCAGUGAGGACCUGACUUUCUCCGUAGCCUCAUGUUGAGCCGAAUGUUUGCUGGUUUAUAUAAUAUAGACGUUUCUUUUUUUUUUUUUUACAUGUUUGUUUGUGGGUUUUCAGCUUGUCUAGAUACGAUACUGUAUGUGUCUUUUUCUCUGUCGAGCAAAUGUGCGGUUGCCACGGCAACGCACGAGCCGAGUACGCUUGUAAAACGGCAGGCUGCCUCAGCUUCUGUCUCCCUUUAAGCCAGUGGUUCCUCACAGUCGUUCAGCCAGACAGUAAGAAGCGUAACUCUGCACUCUACCAACACAGACACUGAAUGAAAUCUUAAUUAUUCUCUUUUUUUUUUGUAAACAAAGCCACGUACAGCCAUCGAUGAGGUAUUGUGUGUCGCGUGAUGCCUUACUGCGAGGCGAGGUGCGUAAAGAGGACUGGUAGAAUACAAUGCCAUGGCCACAAAAAAUGAACUAUUUUAAACUUCUCUUACUCAUAGUUCAGCUUGGUACAAAGUGUAAUACCAAACGUUUUCUUGUGUGUUUUAUUCCUCUUGCUAUUUAUGAGUUUGUUUGUUCUCUUUUUAACUUAAAUUAACAUUCAUUUUCAGCAAUAGAGCAGAAUUAGACCCUUUAUAUCUUCUGACGACCACAAAACCUUCUUUUUUUUUUACUUUUCCCACUUUUUACACGAGGAACUGACCAAUGUAGUUGUCAAGAACUCCUUCAGUGCAAUAAGGUGUUAACACAGAGCGAGCGGGUUCAGUGGUGAAUGUGUUUUUUUGACGAAUAUUGGCGCUAACAUUGUUUACGAGUGAGUUUUGGCAAGUGACCGUGAACUUGGAUUCGGGAAUGUACAGCAUUUUGACAUUCUUAUGAACUUAGCGGGACUGAUGCCGCAGACGUGAGCGUCGGUGGUGAAGUGUGAUGGGGUUUCGGAGAGAUGAAACAAAGUGCCUGAUUUGUUUGGAGGGUGAACGGUUGGUUGGACGGAAGGUUUUUAAUCGUACGUUGGUUCCGGGUGCCUCUGUCGAUGCAUUUAGUGGAAACGGUCGAACUGUAGAAACGCUGCACUGCCCGACACACGGGGCCGAACUCGAGUCGAUCUCAACGCCGAGUUGGUGUGAUUAUUCCUAAUGUUUUGGUUCCUCGUCAUCGGGAAAUAAUUACUUCCAUAUCGACUUGACGCGCUUUGUUUCCUUGCGAUCAUAAAAUAUUCUGCGAUCAGAGUUGGACGAGCUUUUCUGGAGAUCAUAAAAAAAAGUUUUAUCAUCACACAAAAACACUUUAACUGUCACAGAAUAAUUGGUUUAUGAUCUGAGAUUCUGCUCUCACGUUAUCACACAAUAACUGUUUGAUGAUCUUAAGAAAACAAAGUCGUGUCAUAACUUUAGUAAAAGCUUUUUUUAAUAAUCUAAACGUACAUUCAGUGGCCACUUUGUUAGGUACACCUGUACAGUUAAUUCAGUCUAAUACAACUUGAGUUAUCCAUAAAGCCCGCUGUUAUAAUUCCUAUAAUGCUGUUUUUCUUUGUGCACUUACAUUAUAUGUUUCAGCAUUUAGGUCAGUCGUGGUGUCGUACUGGACUGGAACUGGGGACGGCAAAAGGUUAGACGCACCUUAACAUAAUGUAGUCCAGUACAACACCUCCUUUAACUUGAGUUUUUAUACUUUUCUACGUAAUAACUUCUGUACAGGCUGCGUUAGAUUGUACAGAUGUAGCUAAAAGUGGACACUGAGUGUAGUUUCCUUCACUUUCUUCACUUUGUGAGCAGGCGUUUACAUCCAGCCACACGAAGGCAGAUGCUGUCUACUCGGAUGUGUGUCCUCACUCGGUGCACUGAUAGGACUCACUGUUUGCACUCAUUCAUAUUCAGAUGUCUUUAUCACCUAGCCUUGUUGCUUUUGUUUUCAGAGGAGGUCUGGGCUGGGUAUCCCCCCAAAAAAACUGGUUUCACUACUUGAAAUUCAGCACAAAUUCUGAGCAGGGCUGCAACUAUCGGUCAUGUUCUUCUCCAGCAGCCCGAGGAGCUGUUGUCCUACCAACCCAAAGAUAUACAGUUUAUUUUCAUACAUGACGAAGAAAAAGGAUCAAAUUCUCACAUUUGAGUUCCUGAAAUCAACAAAUAUUUUACAGAUUUUUGUCGAAAUGGUUGUUUAUUUUUCUGUGGAUCGUUGCAGCUCUAGUCCGGAAACAUUAUUAAUAUAUUAUUAUAAUUAUCAUCAUUCAUCAUGACGUCAUUACGUAAUAGGGAACAGAUUUUCUGCUGCAUCUCGACACGCUGGCAGCUUAUCGAUCUCAAAUUAAAACCAAAUAAUCAUCGAUACGAUCUCAUUUAAAAAGGACCUUCAGUCGUCGUUACCCAGGUGUUUGUCCUGCGAUGCCCAGCCCUCGAGGGAGUCGCCUCCCAUGGCCUUGCAGUAUAGUUUAAUACGGACGAAGCCUUCAGGUUUCAUCACUUGGACCAAACCAACGUGCCUGGUCGGUGGGGUGAGCGUGGAGGAGGAGGAGGAGGAGGAGCAGCUGACGGGCUCUGUACUGCUAACUGUGCUAGCCACAUGUCACCAGAACCAAACCUAAGCUGCUAUAAGAAAACACGUUUAUUUAAUCAUCAGAUACAUUAUAGGCUAUAUAUUAAUACAGAGAGACUAAGAGGAAAUGGUAUUUUACUGCACUUAAAAAGAGAAACGCAUGUGUUUUAAGGUCGAACAGUCACGAUGCUGAGACGUUUGCUUCUCGUUUGCCUUCAGUUGAAGCAUUUUAAUUCUAACAGAUGGUUUCCCCCCCUUCGGUGUUUGUUGUCACGUUGAAGCUGUUUCUUAAUGUCAGACAUUACCAGCAUUUGAUUUUACUUGAAGAAAAUUAGUCGUGGGCAUGUUUGACAUUGUUGGCUAGUGCUCUGCUUGUUUUUUUUGUUUGUUUUUGGAAAGUUUAUAUAUCGAGCCUUAUUACAGUAAUCUCUCUUUCCACUCAUAACGCCACGUACAGUAAAUAAAAACCUCUGGAGCCCGUGGGCGGGGCUUUGUGUCUUACAGCGCUGGACAUCAGAUGCCUUUUUUUUCCUCAAAAGUAAAAAGCAUUUUUAAAGUCUGAAGUGAGAUAUAUUUAUAUGUAAAGAUAUUGAUGUAAUGCACACACCACUUAUUUUUUCUAACAAAAAAAAAAGUCCUAUUUGAAGCAGAAAGCGUGAUUAGCUGUGGUGAAAAUAUUAUGGCGUUUAAUAACCGUAGUGGUCCUAAUUCUUUUUCCAAAUUUGAUAAUAAUGCAAUAGGUUUCACUUGUGAAAAGCAAAAAAAAAAAAAAAAAAAAACGGUUUGCGUUUGCUGCAUCGACCUGCUUUUGUGGGAGACUGUCGGGGGUUGAUUUUGUCAUGUAAGUGAUCCGAUGAACCAUCAACCCUCCUCUGCAGAAGACCUGUGAAGACCUCCCUCUACUGUUGUUUUUAUCAUCUCAAAUUAAAAAGAAAAAAGCUCAUCGAAGACGUGAGAGACUGAAUUUUGAUGGAGACGUUUCUUAAUGCAUGUGCUGCAUCAAAGAUUAUUCUUAUUAUUAUUUUUUUUUAAUUCUUUUUCGCGUAUUCAUGAGCAGAGGAGGGUUGAAAGUUCAUCUUCGGACCCGGUUUUGUCCGUUAACAGACUGUGCCUUUCCUGAUGGUGCUGAAGAAAACAAACAAACAACAACAAGAAAAAAAAAACAAAAAAUCAAAGAGAUCUUAACUUUCAGAAAGGGCGCAGAGGCCCGAGUCUACAUUGAUAUUGAUAAGUAUAUAUUGAUACAUGACAAUACUGUAAGGUGUGAGUGUGUGUGUGUGUGUGUGUGUGUGUGUGUGUGUGUGUGUGUGGAUACCUCUGACAUAUGCCAAGAACACAAAAUAUGCAGAACUGAUCAGUUGUGGAGCUGACCGGACCAAAAGGCCUGUGGGGAUCGGUUUAGUAGACGGGCACUCACAAGCACAACCCAAAAACUAACAUUUCUGAAGAAUUAAAAAUAAUAAUAAUGAUAAUAACAAUAAUAAUAAUAAUAAUAAUAAUAAAAGGGGAACACUCAUGACUCUGUAGGUAACGAGUAGCUCAGUGUAGACAUUAUGUAGCAAUAUUUAUUUAACUUUAUUUCUGUCGGGUGCCUCCCGUACUGCCUGUAAACACAUUUUCCUCCUUAUUUUUUUUAAUUUAUGUGUUCAUUCUUGAAUGGACGGCAAUAAUGAAGCAAAGUUUCUGUGCAAUCAGUUCGUCUGGCCUUCCCUCACUGUAUGCAUGUCGCUAUCUAACCCCCCCCUCCUCCCCCACCACACACACUUUUUACAAUUUUUAUCUUCCAAUGUGAAAUUUAGACGUUUACAGACUUGGGCUAGUUCUUCGGUUGAGUUUUUACUCCACGAGUGCCCGUUUCCCGUGUUAAGGGAUUCCCCACAAUAAUAAAUCGUUAAACCUCUGUGGUUGGCUGCAUAUCAUACUCAAAAAGAAAAAUAAUGUUUGGGUUUCACAGUAUAUUAAUAUGCUUUUUUGUUUUUUUGUUGUUUUUUUUUUUUGCCUGAUUAUUAAAUGGUGACACUUUUAGAAGUAAAAACUGUAUGUCAAGACCUUUUUUUUUUGUCUUAA